UAAGAGAUUAAUUUGUCUUCAAGUUUCAAUCGAACAAGAGUGACACUUUCAUUCUUAAAAAAUGUGUAAAUUUUUAAGAAUUUUUAUUUUGUUCACAAUUAUUGUUGGUUUAGUAAAUUGUGCUAAAAUUAAGUUCGGAAGUGAGAUUCAAAAUGGUCAUUGGACUUCAAAACAUAGAAUUUCUUUUCCAUUAACCAUUGAUGAUGAACAUUAUUUCUUUGGUUUAACCGACCUAACGGAUGGACGAUAUUGGUUUAUACAAAAACUAGACGAAAAUGGAAAAACAUUGUCGGAAACAGAUACUGGGACUUGGUUGGGUAUAUAUACCCAGGUAUUUCCAUUUGCUAUCAAUGGCAGACAAUAUAUUUAUGGAAUCGAUGACGACAACUAUUGGUUCAUUCAAGAAAUACUACCUGGUGGAAAAAUGGGCAACGACACUGCCAAUGGGUAUUGGAAAUCAAAACCAACAAUCAUUUUUCCAUAUUCUAUCGGCGGUAAACAUUAUGUAUAUAGUCUGUCUGGUAAGGAUUGGUUUAUUAAGGAACUGUUACCGAAUGGCAAAAUGGGAUCGGAGACCGAUCAUGGAACUUGGAACAACUAUUAUACCAUAGGAUUUCCAUUUUCAAUAAAUGGCAGGCAAUAUUUUUACUGUGUCAGUGACAAUUAUUAUUUUAUUCAAGAGCUUAUGCCUGAUGGGAAAAUUGGUUCGGAAACCGCUAAUGGACAUUGGACAACAAAUCACAAACUUGUUGUUCCAUUCAGUAUAGACAACAAACACUAUUUCUAUGGUGUAACUGAUCUUUCUGAUAAUCGAUAUUGGUUCAUUCAAGAAUUAUUACCGGGUGGAAAAAUGGGAGAGGAGAAGUUAAAAGGAUCGUGGAAUAACUUUUAUAACGUUAUGUUCUCGUUUAACAUUAAUGGAAGACAAUUUCUGUAUGGAGUAAGUGAAUAUUAUUGGUUUAUUCAAGAAAUACUACAAGAUCCUAGAUUACCUAUUGCAUUAAAGAAAAAACUUUGUCAAGCUCCCAGUAAUUAUCAUGUUAUAAGAUCAAAACGACAAAGUAAUGAUACGAAUGUCAACAUUUAUCAGGCCGGAUUUAGAGGAUUGAAUGCAGUUGAAGAAUUUGUUACUGAUAUUGAACACGAUGAUACCAAUUAUCAUACUAUGACUUUUUCUAACCCUGCUAGUCCCAUAACAUCGGUAUCAACAUUUCGAGUUUUCGCAGAUGCUAAUCACAAUAGCUAUAUUGAUUUAACUGCCGCUAUGAGAGCUGAAAUACAUCCUCGUCAUUUGCUCCAAGUAAGAGAUACAAUUUCUGGAGAAGUAUAUCAACAUUUGCGAGAAAUGGAUAGAGAAGUGACCGAUGAAGCAGGCCAUUUAUUGGCAUCCUCUUUAGGUGGUUCUGGUGUACCAGAGAAUUUUGCUCCCCAAAGUCCGGGAUUGAAUCGGGGGGCAGGUGGAUUUUCAUCUGGCUGGCACCGAGUAGAAGCAAUGCUUCUCAGAUAUCUCCAAAGAGGCCUUGGUUAUGUACGCUGGUCUCUGUUACCGCAAUAUGAUCUAUUGCCAAAUUCAAGAAGGCCAACUGCCUUUGGUUUAUCAAUACGAUUUUAUAAUAAUCAAGGUGAUUUGUAUAAUUGGAAUGGAGAUGGCGCUGUUAUUGAAUAUAAUUUUCUAAAUUGUUGAAAUUAUUGAACUAGUUAAAAUUUACCCUAAUAUUUUUCUUCUCACAUUACAUUUGCAUUAAUGAUUUCUAAUGUAGUAAUAUUUCUAAGCUUUCCUUUUUUUUUGUUUGUGAUGGUUUCGUUUCAUUAAAAAAAUCAAAAUUAAUUGUUUUUUUUUUUUAUUAUUUUAUAACGACAUGUUUUGUUUUUUCAAAUAAAGGGGAAUGUCCAAAAAUUUGUGGAGGAAAAACCCAGUACUGAUACGAAUGAGACCUAUAUGGC